CUCUUCUUGUUCCUCCUCCACUCCCGUUCUUUCGAACGUCUUUUCUCUCCCAUCAGCUGUCGCAUCGGCUUGACGACUUCUCCAUUUUCGCACUCAUUUUGCUUCAACUUUACUAAAUCUCUCACAUACCCUUCACCAUGGCUGACCAGCAAGUACCAACCUUCAAGCUCGUCCUUGUCGGUGAUGGUGGUACCGGAAAGACCACCUUCGUCAAGCGCCACUUGACUGGCGAGUUCGAGAAGAAGUACAUCGCGACCCUCGGUGUCGAAGUGCACCCUCUCCAAUUCCACACCAACUUGGGACACAUCCAGUUCGACGUAUGGGACACUGCUGGUCAGGAGAAGUUCGGCGGUCUCCGCGACGGUUACUACAUCAACGGACAGUGCGGUAUCAUCAUGUUCGAUGUUACCUCCCGUAUCACCUACAAGAACGUCCCCAACUGGCACCGUGAUCUCGUCCGUGUCUGCGAGGGUAUCCCCAUCGUUCUCUGCGGUAACAAGGUCGAUGUCAAGGAGCGCAAGGUCAAGGCCAAGACCAUCACCUUCCACCGCAAGAAGAACCUCCAGUACUACGACAUCUCCGCCAAGUCCAACUACAACUUCGAGAAGCCCUUCCUCUGGCUCGCUCGCAAGUUGGUCGGCAACCCCCAGCUGGAAUUCGUCGCCGCUCCCGCCCUCGCUCCCCCCGAGGUCGCUGUCAACCCCGAACUCAUGAAACAGUACCAGCAGGAGAUGGAGGCGGCCUCUGCCAUGCCCCUGCCCGAUGAGGAUGACGCCGACUUGUAAGCGUGCGGUCCAUGAUAAAGCUCGGGGGCUCUCCCCGGUAGAUUUAUUCUCAUGGCUGUCGUGCUCGCUCCCCGGGCAUCGCCCGGGGUGCGGCGCGGUACCGUUUGCGAAAUCUGGGAAUCACGAAUGCCACGAUCGAUCAGCAGUCAGGAGGCGGAGCAAAAUUGGGCCGCGAGGAAGACAGGUCGGAGCAUGAUUAUGCAUUUGCAAUAUUUACCACUACUAGUCUAGACUCCUUAUUAUCUCUUUCAACACACAGUUCAAGUUUAACCACUUUGCCACACGGAUGACGGGCCUGCAGCAGCAAGGGAGCAAAAACCAAAAGCUUUUUAAAUACGCGAAGUCGCACAUAAUAGGUACAAAAGUAUGACUGGAUUUUUCUUCUUGGGCGUGGAGGAGGUAUCAUUGAGUAGACAUUCGAGC